AACCAUCCGCUCUGACAGCCUUACCAACGAACUGUUCAGGAAGCACCGGUUUUGCUUUUGUCUUGUCUCGUCCUACUGAUUACGAGGAUGCGAGAGACAAUGUCGUGGUGGGCCGCUCUGCUUCGUUCUACAGCACCUUCUAUUCCGGGCGUCUCGCUGAAAUAUAAACGCUCAUUAAUGGGGGUUUUCCUCUCCUCGCGUAUAAAGAUGCACCCCAUCUUCCCGGAAAUGAUGGAGUUCUCUCGCUUCCGCGCAUAUUCCCGUCAAAAAUAUUGACAUAUCUGGUCCCUAGCACCCGAGGCUGCGCCUCAUGCUAGCAGACCGUCCACGAUCCUCACGACCACCACGACACUAGGUCCUCGCCACUCGCAAUGCUCUACAUAAUCCCUAAUCUUCACCUGAUUCUUGGUAUAUUUGUGCUAGCUGUGCAGGCCACAGAGUUUCAGGUGGUGGUGGGUGGGCCGGGGAAGCUGCGGUUCGAUCCGCAGACAGUGAAUGCCUCGCCUGGCGAUGUCGUGACAUUUGUCUUUAAGCAAAGCAAUCAUACGGCGACCGAGUCCACAUUCGAAAGCCCAUGCGAAAUGGCCCCCGGCGGAUUUGAUUCCGGAUUUCUUCCAGUUGCCGACAACAACACCGAUGGACCGUUCCCCGCCGCGCAGCUUACCGUAAGCAGCACUGACCCUGUGUGGGUCUACUGCCGCCAGACAAACCAUUGCCAGCAGGGCAUGGUCUUUGCCAUCAACCCCGGCGACCAGUUUCCUGCAUUCCAGAUGGCCGCCACGGGCGGCAUCCUGAGCACGUCCCCUCCUGCCGAGCCGACAUCCACUUUUGUGACGAUCACCAAGACCAGCACCACCUCGUUGCCCAUAACAUCUUCGAGCAUCCCAACAACUUCGUCUUCGUCCACAGGCUCUGCGAGCCCAACGUCACUCUCUUCAGAUCACAUCGUUGUAGUCGGCGGGCCGGACAUCCUCGCAUUUAGUCCGUCGAACAUCACCGCCCAGAUUGGCGACACGGUCACGUUCCAGUUCCGGCAGAAGAACCAUACCGUGACGCAGAGCACGUUCGCGGCGCCUUGCGUCGCUCUUGCGGACACGAGCACGAGCGGGCAAAGCGGGUUCGACUCGGGAUUCAUGCCCAUUGCAGAUAAUGCGACGUCGUUCCCAACGUACACCAUCCAGGUCAACGAUACCUCUCCCAUCUGGGCCUUCUGCAGACAAGUCAGCCACUGCGGUGAAGGCAUGGUCUUCUCCGUCAAUUCUCCGCUGUCGGGCUCAAGUAGCUUCGCCGCGUUCCAAGCGCACGCGAAGCAGCUCAAUGGGACUUCGGCUUCCAAUACGACUAAUGCUACUACUAGUACAUCCUCGGCCGGUCUGGGGGCUACUGUGCGCUGGUCCGUUGGACGCUACGCUGGCGUGGCUACGACUACCGUUACUUUACUUCUCGGAUUGAUGAUUUAAUACCGCGUCUAUCCAGACUUGCAUCAGUUGAUUUUCGCCCAUAGAUGGUGCUGUACAGCCUGUAAUGUAGCUCAAAUAAUCAUGUAUCGAUGUAAUGUUACAAGUGACUAGUUGGGUAUCGUGAUGUUUGUACUGAGUGUCUUGUACACUUGCCCGUGCGUGUAUGCAUACUGUACGAGU